CUUUUCCAUAAUUCUUUUAAGAGUCUGUCUGUCUUUCUCUUUCUUUUUCUUCCUUUCCUUUGUCCUCUCCACUCUCUGACACACUGCUCUCCAUAUGGCGUAAACUUGAUGCCUGAUAGUGCAAGCAAAGCAAGCACCCCACCUUUUAUUUUAUCUUCCUCUCUAAACUCACUGUGUUUUCCUCUUUGUCUGUAAAAAAAUCUGCUUUUCUUUUCUCUCUCUCCCCUUUUGCCUCCUCAUUCACUACCUCUAUAAGCCUUUGUUUAGUGCUUCACUAGCAAAACCCACCUCCAAAAAACCUCAAACCCUUCUCUCUCAUCUCUUUUCCAAAUCCUCCUCAUCUUUUAAGUCCACCUUCUAAGCCAAAAACGUCUCUUCUCUCUUGGAAAACCUUGACUUUCACUAUGGAAGGUGCUUAAACUUCAAGAUUUGGAUCAAAGAGAGAUAUUGAUAUAGGAAUGGAUCUUUCAAGUCAAGAGGGAGAGAUCCCAAUCCCAAUAAACAGCACAUAUGCUGGACAUGGUCAUCAUGGUCAUGGGCAUGGGCAUGGGCAUAUGAUCCAUCAUGACCCGGUACCGCACAACCACAUCAUUCCAUCUUCAACUCCCCAAAUCCCCUCCAAUGGCCCCCCAUUACCCACAAGCCUAGAGGACCAUGUACCCUACAACAAGAAAGUGGUUAGGUACAAAGAAUGCCUCAAGAACCAUGCAGCUUCCAUGGGAGGCAAUGCCACUGAUGGGUGUGGUGAAUUCAUGCCCAGUGGUGAAGAGGGUACUAUAGAAGCACUCACCUGCUCAGCUUGCAAUUGUCACAGAAACUUUCACAGAAAAGAAGUUGAAGGUGAGCCCUCUUCAUGUGAUUGUCACCAUAGCCCACAUCUCAACAGGAGGAAGUUCAUCUUUGGUCAUCACAAGAAUUUAUUGGCACCUGAGGCCUUAGGCUACCCUACAGCUACAGGUACUUUUAUAUCUUCAAGAGCACCCCCACCACACCAAAUGAUAAUGUCUUACAACAUGGGGUCUCUUCCUUCUGAGUCUGAUGAGCAAGAAGAUGGUGGUGCUAAUGGUGGAGUUGUAGUGGCUAGGCCUCCACAGCUUGUGAAGAAAAGGUUUAGGACAAAAUUCACUCAGGAACAGAAGGAGAAAAUGCUAAACUUCGCUGAGAAAGUAGGGUGGAAGAUUCAGAAGCAAGAAGAAGCUGUGGUGCAACAGUUCUGUCAAGAGAUUGGAGUCAAGAGAAGAGUACUCAAGGUUUGGAUGCACAACAACAAGCUCAAUCUAGCGAAGAAGAAUCCCUCCUCUGCUUAAACAUAAUUAACGAUAUCCUCAUGACCAUCACUCUCUCUUAUUAGUUUGUGCUUUAACUCCACUUGUCAGCUUAAUGUGUUUUGUUAGUUUUCUCUACACUACUACAUAUCUCUUUUUAACAUUUUAUUCUCUUUGGUUAUGUUUACUUUGGGGUCUCUUACUUACUAUCUGUAAUAAUAGUGGUUAUGUAAUGUAGUUUAGGUGCAUUGGGUUUGGUAGUUUGAGUUGUGGGUGAUGUUCUUGUUUAAUCCAUUCCAUGUUGGAUUGGAUUGAGAUAUUCAGUCUGAGAUACUCCGAUGUAUCAAUAUUUAAUUUGAGGAAAAGCUUCUUAUUAAUUAACUAA